AUGGUUGUUCUUGGUGUUCAAGGCCCUAAGGGCGUUGAUAACAUGGCUGAGUGGAAGAGAGAGAUUGUCGUCGUCGGGAAUCCCAGUUUCCGCGAUGGUCUUAAUGCUUGCUUGAAGAUUGUCUUUGCUUACGCUGCCAAUCUGAGCUUUGUUGGCUACCUUGCCGAGAUGACCAAUCCCCUCGAAGACUUCAAGUUCUGUCUCACUGUCCUCGAAUGCGGUUCAAUGACCAUGUAUGUCAUCUUCGCCGUCAUCUUCUACUGCCUCGGAGCCGAAUACACGACCUCUCCCAUUCUGGGAUCUACCUCGACAACAUUUGCAAAGGCUGCUUUCGGCAUCGCCCUUCCUGCCAUCUUCGCUACUGGCCUCGCUUAUGGUCACAUCGGAUCCAAGUACAUAUUUGUCAAUGUCAUGAGAUGGACUGGUAACCUCAACGAAGUCACUUCCAACUCUGUCAAAUCUUGGUCAACCUGGAUCGCUUCCGUCACUGGCUUCUGGAUCGUUGUCUUCAUUCUAUCCAACGCUAUUCCUGUCUUUGACUCGAUUCUUUCUAUUACAUCUGCGACAACAAUCUCUUGGUUCACUUAUGGUUUCAGUGCCGUCUUUUGGUUCCACAUGAACAAGGGACAAUACUUCCGUGACUGGAAGAAGAUCUCUUUGACGAUCGUCAAUGCCCUCCUUAUUAUCAUGUCACUUUUCAUGAACGCAGCUGGUCAAAAUUGGUUGAGAUAUGCUGGGAUUGUGAUUCCGCCAACUUCCAGCACCUUCCAGGCCCUCGGGAAUACGGCAAUAACGCUGUUGUGUUCCGGGCCAGAUAAAGUACGGAAAGCAAUACCAUCAUCUGCAUCUUUAUCUUCAUCUAAAAUGACUCGCAAUCCAUCUUCCCCGCCUUUCACCAUUCGCAGCCACCAACCAGGCGACAUGGGCUAUAUAACGUAUCGACACGGAGCAGUCUACGCGCAAGAAUACGGCUUCAAUUAUCGCUUCGAAACUUUAAUUGCAAGAAUCACCGCUGAUUUUCUCGACAACUUCAAACCCGACCUGGAAGGCUGCUGGAUUGCUGAAAAGGAUGGAUCAUUUCUCGGCUGCAUCAUGUUGGUGCAAGAUAAAAAGCCAAAAACUGCAAAGCUACGACUGCUGUUGGUUGAUGAAAGUGCAAGAGGUCUUGGUGUUGGAACGGCCUUGAUCCAGCAAUGCAUCAACUUCGCGAGAGAAGCUGGAUACGAGCACAUUGAUCUUUGGACGCAGAGCAUUUUGGAGGGUGCUCGACGAUUAUACAAAAAGGCGGGUUUUGAAAUGGUUGAGACACUGAAUCACAAUGACUGGGGUGUGGAAUUGACAGGGGAGUUCUGGACACUGUCGCUUCUACCUACUACCUGUGUUAACAAACCUGGAUUAAUAAAGCACCUCGUCCCAUCGACUACUAUGGAUCUCUCGAAGCUCACCAAAAAAACCCUCCAGGUCUCCCGCGGAUUCACUUACACCUACUACACCUCCCGUACUCAGGCUUCUAAGCCAACUCUCAUCCUAUUUCACGGCUGGCCCGACACGGCAUUGCUCUGGGCCGGUUUCAUCAACGAUUACCUCGUCCCAAACGGCUAUGGCAUUGUAGCCCUAGACUGCCUAGGCUACGGCGAGAGCUCCAAACCAACCGAUCCCAACUGUUAUGCGUGGCAGCAUAUGGCGGCCGAUGCGGUCGAAAUUCUCGACGCCGAAAGCCUGAACAGUAUCAUAUCUCUCGGCCAUGACUGGGGUAGCAUUAUGUGCCAGCGACUUUAUAACUUUUACCCCUCGCGCGUUUGUGGUGUUGUUAUGGUGAAUAACGCCUAUAGCCCCCCAGCCGGGCAGUUCGACCUUGAUGCUUGGAAUAAGAUGACCAAAGAAACCUUUGGUUACGGCUUCUUCGAAUACUGGCACUUCUUUACCGCAGACGAUGGCGUGAGCAUCAUGAACCAAAAUCUCGAAUCUGUGUAUAGUGCGGCCUUUGGAGAUCCCCAAAGCUACCUCGAGAACUAUAGUACCCCUGACCGCAUGCGAAAAUUUGUCACCGAGGGCCAGACGCAGCCGACACUACCAUAUGCUACGUCUGAGCAUAAGGCAGACUUCAUGGCCCGGCUUGGUAGGGAUGGUGGCUUUAACGCCCCAAGUUGUUGGUAUAAGGCCUGGACCCUGGGUCUGCAAAACGAGGCAGAUAGCCUGGUGGCCGAGGAUGCAAAGACCAUUAAUGUGCCAGCCUUUUUCUGGGGCGCAGAGAAUGACGCUGUGUGCAAGCCCGCCUUACUGCAGCCGAGCGUUGAUGCAGGGCUGCUGCCAAAUGUCAAGAGUGUGACAAGGGAAGGGGGUCAUUGGGCACUCCUCGAGAUGCCUGUUGAGUUUGGUCAGGAUGUGAACCUCUGCGUGAUCAGAAGACUGGUCAAAUCCAGUGAUACUAUCUUGAUUCAAUUCGCUGUUAAUUUAAAAAAGCAAACCUGUGUGUUGGGAGACAUUGCUGAUCUGCCAAAAAGGAAGCGAAAGGACUUUACCUCUCUAAUUACCGGGCCGGUUGAAUGGCUGGGGCUCCUUUCUAGCUCACGAGUAAUACUGCUCACACUUUUGACUCAUGACUUCGACUGGAGCCGCAGUUCUUGGUUGGGCAAGGCAACUAAGCAUAUCAACAACGGUUGGAACUUUGGUCAAGAUAAUGGAUGA